AUGUCGUUCUCCACCGUCUCUCGCGUCACGUUGCGAUCGUCCUUCGUCGGCGUCGCCGCGAAACGCCGCGACGCGGUGAAGAUCUCUCGCGUGACGAACGGCGCGCGAUGCUUCGCCUUCUUCUCGCGAUUUCGCCCCGACGCCGAAUCCGCGGGCAUCGUCGGCGCGCAGGGACGAGACGAUUACGACCGAGACGACGUGGAACAUUACUUUAAUUACAUGGGAUGCCUCGCGGUGGAGGGGACGUACGAUCGAAUGAACGCGCUGAUCGAGAGCGGGAAGCACCCGAUCGAUAUCAUCCUGCUCUUCGCCAGCGCGGAGGGGGACACGCCGAAGAUUGAAGAGAUCUUGAAGGCGGGCGCGGAUAAGACGGUGGUAGAUUUGGAUGGGAAGAGCGCGAAGGAUUUGGCUGGGAAGGCGAACCCGGGGAAACGAGACGCCGUGCUGGAACUGUUGGCGUAG